GGCUUUUGAUCAAUCGACCGACCGACUCGAUUCCCCCGCAGAGCCUGAGGGAGAUCGGAGGCGAUGGGAGGCGGGGGCAUGGGGAUCCGCGCGGCCGCCAGGGCCGCCUUCAUCGGCGGCUACCGCUCCGCCUCGAACGCCCGCCGCGCCGUCCUGCCCCCCUCCUCCGCCGCCGCGGCCGACGCCCGCCCCGCGUCCACGGCCGCCACCUUCGACGACUGGUACAUCCCCGACCGCGAGGUGUUCGGCCCCGUGCCCUCCCACGACGAGGCCAUGGCCGCCACCCUCGACCUCAGGGACGCCUUCGAGAUUGCCAAGACUGAAUCCCAUGGUGCCCGCCUGGAUAUGUCGCAUGGUGGUCCCACAAAGGUCGCUCAGGAAACAUUUCAGGAUCAUCCCCAUUCAGAAGCAUCUAUGCAUGAAGAGAAGAAUGACAAUUUGUCCGUUGCCUCUGGAUCCUCUGCACGUGUUAUUGAAGCCUUCACCAUGCUACAGGACAGCCCUGAAGCUCAGGAUGUUGUUGCUUCGCUUGCGUCUGAUAAGAAUGUCUGGGAAGCUGUGAUGAAGAAUAAAAAACUUGUGGAGUUUUACAAGACAAACCUCAGCGAGUCAUCCAGUGUCACUGACGAAGCUGAACAGAGCGACGCUGAGAGCUCGCAGAGCAGCAAUGCUGUCUUGCCAGGAGACGCAUUCAGCGAUUACAUUCAGAAGAUGAAGGCGUUCGUGUCGGAGAUGGUGACAAAUCUUUCGAGCAUCAUGCAGGACCUGGUGGCCACGUCGGACGAGGGCCAGAGCAAGGGGAGGCUGAAGACCCUGAUCGUCAACACCAAGAAGGAUUUCGUAAACGGCCCGUCGUCGUUCGUGCUCCUGGCCAUCGCGUCGAUCCUGGUCGUUUUGCUCAAGCGCGCGUAGUUCUGAAUAAAACGAAGGAGCUGGCCGAGUGGUUGUUCGGAGUUUGGUUUCGUUUCAGCUCUUUGAGCCAGAUAGGGUUUGAUUUCCCUGCUCUAGUUAGUUCAACAAAUGGUCGAUUCUACGUAGUGUACAGGUCGACGUUAAGUCCUUUCAAGGGUUUAUCUGGUGGCUGUGUGUUUACCUGGAGUGAACAUGUUCUGCAAGAUGAAUAAUAUGAUAGAGUUUAGUUUUCUUU